AUGCCGUUAGCUGGAACCCCCGCACCCUCCAAGAGGAAAAAGGCAUCGAGAAUCAUCACAAAAACGAUGAAGGAUGCCGGAGCCGAGAUUAACCUCGGGAAGAAGAUCAGCAUCCCCCGGGAUGUGAUGUUGGAGGAACUGUCACUGCUGAAGAAUAAAGGAUCCCAGAUGUUUAAAGAGCGGCAGCGCAGGGUCGAGAGAUUCAUCUAUGAGUCACACCCCGACGUCUUUAACCCAGAUUCGAUGGACAACUUCCAGAAAUUCCUCCCUGGCUCUGGUGUUGUGCUGAAGACUGGGCCAGGUGGUGUCCAGGUAAUUGGAGAGAUGUACUCCAAAUUCCAAAGUGGCUACAGCCAGUAUGGAACACAUUCAAAGGGCACAGCACCAGCACCUCACCCCAAACCUCAGCAUCUUGCCGCUGUCUCUGGGAUCAUUGGGAAACAAGGAAGUGGCCAAGGAGGAGGCAGUGGAGGGGCUGGAGGUCCAGAGGGAAGUGUGGUUCAGGGUGGAGGUGAUGGUGGAAAGGGAGCUGGAGGAGGAGGCAAAAAACACACGUCGAUAAUCAAAACCUAUGUGUCACCCUGGGAACAGGCCAUGGGGAAUGAUCCAGAGCUGAAGUCCACCAUGAGUCUUCACAUGGAAACACCAGGUGCCGCACCCAAACUCCGUCCCUUCAAAUGUUUCAACAGAACUGCUAUGCCCUAUGGAGGGUUUGAAAAGGCAGCGAAACUGAUGACUUUUCAGCUCCCAGAAUUUGAAGCAGCUCCUCCAGAACCUGAGCCGGUGCUUGUGUUCCACCAAGACAUCAGCACUCGGCCUAACUUUAACAGGACCCCUCUGGGCUGGACUCCAACAAGCACAGAUAAUUUGGUUAACCUUGGAAUAGAUCUCGAGUUUAACGCUGAAACUGAUGAUCUGUAG